AUGGAUUGGGACAGUCAACAGCCCCUCAUUGGGGCUGGUCGAGCAGACGAGGUUGCGGAACUCAUCGACGCGGUCAAAUCUCUCAUAGUCCCAUUUGUCAGAGAAGCAGAUGAUAAUGCAACCAUCAGGGCCACAGGAGGAGACCCCCAGGCCACAUCACAGCCUGCCAACGCUCUCAUCCGCGGCGACCUGGUCCCCGCCAAAGACCUUCACCAACACCUACGUGAUAUCCUCCCCGCAGGCGAGGGGCUGGGAAAGGACGGCUUGACCGCGGCCAUCUCGCAGAUUCUCAAUUUCAGCGUCAACACCUGGGACCAGGGCUUCCUGGACAAGCUCUACAGCUCAACCAAUGCCGUCGGUGUCGUCACAGAGAUGCUCUUGGCAGCGCUGAACACCAACCUGCACGUCUACUCUGUUUCGCCCGCUCUCACCAUCAUCGAGAAGAUUACUGCUAAGAAAUUGGCCGGACUUUUUGGCUUUGAUGGGCCGCAUGCUGGUGGUGUCACUAUCUCGGGAGGCAGUGCGUCGAACAUGACAUCCCUUGUUAUCGCCCGGUCUACGCUCUAUCCUAACACCAAGGCCUGUGGCAAUGGUGUGUACGAGUUUGUCCUCUUCACCAGCGAGCACGGCCACUAUUCAGUUGAGAAGGCUGCCAUGACGUGCGGCAUUGGCAAGAGCAACGUCUGGCUGGUUCCGGUGGACAGGGCGGGGCGCAUGAUCCCCGCGCGCCUCGCAGCCAUGGUCCAACAAGCACGCAAGCAGGGCUUCACGCCUCUCUACGUGAAUGCCACGGCCGGAUCUACAGUUCUUGGAUCGUACGAUCCCCUGGAGGAGAUCUCCGCUAUUUGCAGAGCCGAGGGAUUGUGGAUGCACGUGGACGCGUCCUGGGGCGGGCCCGUCGCCUUCUCCUCGCAGCACCGCCACAAGCUCCAGGGCGCACACCUCGCCAACUCGGUGACGGUCAACCCGCACAAGAUGAUGAACACGCCCGUCACCUGCUCCUUCCUGCUGGGCCCGGACAUGCGCGUGUUCCACAAGGCCAACAAGACCGACGCCGACUAUCUCUUCCACGGCGAUGGUGGCGACGACGAGGAGAUCUAUGACCUGGCAGACCUGACGCUGCAGUGCGGGCGCCGAGGCGACAGUCUCAAGCUAGCACUGAGCUGGGUGUAUUACGGGCCUAAUGGCUUUGAGAGGCAGGUCGACCAUGCCUUUGAGAUGGCCGCGUUCCUGGCCACGGAAAUUGGGACCAGGGACGGCUUCACAUUGGUCUCGGAGACCCCGCCGCCAUGUCUGCAGGUCUGUUUUGCCUACAAGGCUACGGACGUAGCGGAGGAGAACACGAAGAGGACGGCCGAGAUGGUCAGGAGGCUGAAGGGCCGGGGCUUCAUGAUUGACUACGCCGCCUUCAACGGCUCGAGGAGUGAUGUACCGAAGGGGAGCUUCUUCAGGGUUGUGGUCAAUGUACAGACGCGAAGAGAGACGUUGAUCGGGCUGAUCACGGCCUUGGAGGCAAUUGGUCGCGACGUUGAGUCUGGAUCAUGA